GGGCGCUCUCCGGAGGAAAGAGACUUGGCCUGCGCCAUUUCCUUCCCAAAGCCCGUAUUAAAGAAUACCGGGUCCGUAGAGCCGAGUACUCGCGUUGACUAGGCUCCUGCUUAGAGCUGGAGUUAUUUUCUCUGGACUGGUUGUGGAGCACUCAGCUCCUCCUCGGAACAGGCCGCCAAGAGGGGCAGAAGGGGUCGAGUCGGCCGCAGGGUCUUCUGGGGCUUGUGGUCUCCGGGACCUGCUCCCUCACUUCCCCCACGAGUGGAAGGCCCUGGGCGCUGGCCAGCGUUUCCCCGCUGGCUCUGGUAACCACCUGCGGGGCAGCACGUGGAACCCCGCCCCUGGGGAUGGCGCAGAGCGCCUGCUCCAGGGCUCCCGUGCCCGCUUGAGGGCGCCCUCCCCCGCUACAGGAACCCAGAAGGUAGGCGGGGCGGGCCCUGCACAGCUUUCCAGGACGCCCUCCCUCAGCGCGAGGCCUGGCUUUCGGUGCCUGUGGACCACUCGUCCCUUUCACGUGCCCUGGCUUUGGACCUGAGCUCGCAAUAUUUGCAGGGACAAAAGCCGGGAUGGAUGUUCAAAAAUGGUACUUGAGAACAUCAAAGCUGGCUCUGGCCUUGGCAAUUAUCCGCUCAAAACCAGCAGACAAAAGCAGCAGAGAAUACACAGAGCACCUUGCUGUGUUGCUGUCUGAGGAGGAGUCAAAAUGGAGAUCAAAAGUUGAAAUCUUGGAAGCUGAAGUUAUGCAAUUACGUCAAAAACUUCUUGUGAGCAGGCUUUGUUCAGGAUCCUUUAAGAGUGGAUACGUUUCCUCCCAGUUGGAGGCUCAGGAACCUAAGAGUUCUGAAAGUACGUUAACUUCGAUGGAAGAUUCUGGAUGUGAUUUGUCGAAUGAGCAGAGAACUGAAUCCUCAGACCUGUCCCGGCACUUUGUGGAAAGCUGUACCCCCACUCACUUUCCACCACUGCCUCUUGUGAAAAGACCUUGUGCUAUCCUGCAAAAUCCUUUGUCUUCUCACAUGCAAUUCUUGCAAUAUCUACUUGAAUUAAAGAACUUGACAGAAUCAGGUAAUCUUAAAAGAGACUUAACCCACUUUGAAAAAGACUCUUCCACAGUCUCUGAUUCUGUUUUUCAAUUGCUGGAUGGCCUGAUCACUUUUUACCGUAAUCCCAAACUUCCUUUUUCAAGAUUUUGGACGGAAGCUGUUGGUACUUUAGCUAGUCUGAUCAGUGACUAUAACUUAUCUAGUCAUAUUCUUAAAAAGUGUUCCAAGAAGUUGGAAGAAUUUGAGAAAACCCUACUACAUGCUAUUUUAGGAAACAAUCAUAUAAAUCAGUUUCAGGUGCAGCAUUAUGUCUCUCAGAGUCUGGUAACCUUGGGAAAUUGCAGCUUGUUGAGAAAAUCUAUUAUAUCUCUGCUUCUAUCAGAAGUAAAUGGCUUUGCCGAUGAUCUGCGAGCCAUCAAUCAGGAGCAAGCCAGUUAUGAUGUGUCACGCUAUGAAAACAUUUUCUACCUGUUCUGGGUUCUGGAGCAGCUUCUUCAAAAGGAAACCGAAGAAGGCAACACUUCAAGUAUAGGUCAUGAUGACCAAGAAAUCAAGAAAUUUCUUCAGAAGCAUGAUGAAACUAUUUUCCAACUUUCUGAUGCAUUUCCUUUGUUUACUUUUUAUUUAUGGAGAGUGGGCAUUCUUUUGAGCUCAGCACAGAUAGAAACUCUUAAAAAAUAACUCCAUUCCUUAGCAAUUUACCACGUUUGAAGCAUAAUAAAGUAGAAUAUAUGCAAAUCUCA